AGUCUACGCCGUACAAUACAUACAGGCACCAUGGGAUGUUUCAAUAGCUGCCCACUGUAGUAACCACUAUGCACCAGAGGUUAAAUACUGUAUACUUUUUUGAUUAAGCUGUCCGUUAGACAAGCUAAUAACAGCGCUAACAUACAUUUUGGCCCUUUCCGCACUCCGUAGUUUAGAAUUCAAGAGAACGCACGGCGCGCUCCCAUGAUGCAUUUGUGUAGUGUACGGCAUUGACUCUAGGGAAGCGAGCGGGAUUUAGACGCCGUGGAAAAAAUGUGUGAAGUCGGAAAGCUCCGCGAGCUGGUCCAGCACCGACUAAACGUGGCAGUCCAGGACAUUUUUCAACUGUUUGAACAGACUUUAGCCGUGUACAAAGAGGAACUGGGUCGAACUAAAGAGGAGAACGUGCGACAACGCGAGCUACUGGAAGCUAUUCUCCAACCUCAAGUUCGGCUCCACGCAAUAGACAUCAGUCUGGUGUCGGUGAACACCCAAAACAAUGAGGGUGGCCCAUCGGAACAGCUCCACGUUAAAGAGGAAACACGGAGCAGUCGAGACGAGGGAUUAUACUGCGCCGCCUUCACGCAAGUGGCCGGCGUGUCUGUCAAAAGCGAAGCUGCUGAAGGGCAUCCACAACUCAACGAAGAAGCCGACAAAGAAAAAUCCAAUACCGACGUUGUGUCCCGCUCAUUCGACGGCGAGCCCACCCAAGAACCAUCCGUCGAAACCUCCGAGGAAUUUGACAACCAGCAGGUGUUGGUGGACACCCAAAAAGAUGCGGGUGGCUCAUCGGAACACCUCCACAUUAAAGAGGAAACAUGGAGCGGUCGAGACGAGGAAUCCUACGGCGCCGCCUUCACGCAUGUAGCCGGCGUGCCUGACAAGAGCGAAGUCGCCGAACCGCAUCCACAACAUAACAAAGAAGUUGAUGAAGAAAACCCCAAUACGGACGACGUCCUGCCCCGCUCAUUCGACGACGACCCCUAUCAAGAACCUUCCGUCGAAACCUCCGAGGAAUUCGACAACCAGCAGGUGUUGGUGGACACCCAAAAAGAUGCGGGUGGCUCAUCGGAACACUUCCACAUUAAAGAGGAAACAUGGAGCGGUCGAGACGAGGAAUUCUACGGCGCCGCCUUCACGCAAGUUGCCGGCGUGCCUGUCAAGAGCGAAGUCGCCGAACCGCAUCCACAACAUAACAAAGAAGUUGAUGAAGAAAACCUCAAUACGGACGACGUCGUGUCCCGCUCAUUCGACGACGACCCCGAUCAAGAACCUUCCGUCGAAACCUCCGAGGAAUUCGCGCCCACUCACGCAAAGAUGACCACCCCGGACGACCCCGAACCCACCCCCGUUAACGAAGAUUACAAAAAUGGCAUGCUGGUCGACACCCAGAGCUGCUUUAGCAGAUUGGCCGACGUCACCUCGCACUUGUCGGCCAAACACCACAAAAAAGGCAAAAAAGUGUUUACUUGCUCCGAAUGCGGCAAAGUUUUUGCCGACUGCCGUAUUCUCAAACGCCACGUGAAGUACCACACCGGUGAGAAACCCUUCUCCUGCGCGGCGUGCGCGAAAACCUUCAGCCGACGCUCCUACUUCCUCUACCACAUGCAGUGCUGCCACCCCCAAGUAAAACACUACCACUGCUCCCUAUGCAAGCAAACCUUCCACCAACGUCAAAACUUGACCUCGCACUUGAAGAGCCACAUCGGCAAGAAACCCUUCUCCUGCCCCAUAUGCGGCAGGACCUUUCCCUGCAAAAGAGACGUAGAAAGACACAUCGGCUCCCACGCCGAAGACAAGCCUUUCGUCUGCACCAUUUGCAAAAAGCGCUUCAGCACCAAAGCUAGCGUGGUGUUACACAUGCGACUCCACACAGGCGAGAAGCCCUUUUCCUGUGCCGUAUGCGACAAGGCGUUCCCAAGCAAGCCUCAACUGAAGCACCAUGCCCGCACGCACAUCGGGGACAAGCCCUUCCCGUGUUCCGAGUGCAACCAGCGUGUAGUGGACCGACAUACACGCGGACACUGGUGUUUCAACUUAGACAACCAGCAGGUAUCGGUGGACACCCAAAAUCCUGUGGGUAGCCCAACGGAACACAUCCACAUUAAAGAGGAAACAUGGAGCGGUCGAGACGAGGAAUCCGACUGCGCCACCUUUACGCAAGUGGCGGGCAAAUCCACAACACAACAAAGAACCGCUCAAGAACCUUCUGUCAAAACCUCCGAGGAAUUCGAAAUCCAGGAGGUGUCGGUGGACACCCAAAAACAUGAUGGUGGCCAAAUGGAACACCUCCACAUUAAAGAGGAAACAUGGAGCAGUCAAGACGAGGACUCCGACUGCGCCGCCUGCACGCAAGUGGCCGGCGUAUCCACAACACAACAAAGAACCACUCAAGAACCUUCUGUCAAAACCUUCGAGGAAUUCGCGCCCCCUCGCCCAAAGAUGACCAUCCCGGACGACCCCGAACCCAUCCACAUUAAAGAAGAAGACGAAGACGAUGUCAUUCUGGUCACGCUCGACGCCGAUGACGCCGGCCCGAGCAACGUGGGCGGCUCGGCCGACGGCGUCACGUCCCACUGGUCGGACGAACUCCCCAAAAAAGCCCAAACGCCGUUCCCUUGCUCCGAAUGUGGCAAAAUUUUUGCCAACCGCGGGAUUCUCAACCGCCACAUGAAGAGCCACACCGGAGAGAAACCCUUCUCCUGCCCGGCGUGCGUGAAAACCUUCAGCCGCCGCUACAGCCUCAUCUCCCACAUGCGCUGCCGCCACCCCCAAGUAAAACCGUUCCGCUGCUCCCUGUGCACGCAAACCUUCCACCAGCGUCAAAACCUGCGCUCGCACAUGAAGUGCCACGUCGGCGAGAAACACCUCUCCUGCCCCACGUGCGCCAGCACCUUUUCCAACAAAAGAAACUUACAAAGACACGUCAGCUCCCACACGGAAGAGAAGCCUAUCGUCUGCACCGUUUGCCAAAAGCGCUUCACCGCCAAAGCCCACUUGGUGUUACACAUGCGACUCCACACGGGCGAGAAGCCCUUUUCCUGCGCCGUGUGCGACAGGGCGUUCCCCACAAAGUCGCACCUGAAGUACCACGCAAACACGCACACCGAAGACAAACCCUUCCCGUGUUCCGAGUGCAACCAGCGUUUCGCCUUGAAGGAAAACCUGCUGACGCACAUGGAAGAACACGCCGCCGAGGCCCCGUUCACCUGCGCGACCUGCCCGGCCACCUUCGACAAAAGAAAAGAACUGAUGGUGCACAAUCGCACGCACGCCCGCGAGAAAAAGUUCCCCUGUCCGGUGUGUGCGAGAAAGUUCACGUGCAAGAGCAACAUGAUGGCGCACAUGAGGGGACACACGGGGGAGAAACCGUUCACCUGCCCGUUCUGCAACAGGGGCUUCAUCCAAAAAGGCGACAUGAUGAGACACAGAAUGACGCACACCGGAGAGAGACCGUUCGGUUGCGACGUGUGCCAUAAAAAGUUCACGCGCAAGUUUCUCCUCAAGAAACACAAGUGCCCCGGCGGAAACGACGCCAUCGACGAAUUGAACGAGAGUGAAUGUUUGUGAGGCGGGAGUUGAAAGUGAAAGUUUCCGGUGUGGAAGUUUAUUCAAAACUCAUCGGUCAAAGGCAAGGGCAACCUUAUUUGCAUUAUAUAAUGUGUCCAGUUAUAUAGGUAAUUUAGAUUCUUCCCAUUGGUUGUAACUAGAGUUGUUCCGAUCAUGUUUUUUUGCUCCCGAUCUGAUUGUUUUAAUUUGAGUAUCUGCCGAUCCCGAUAUUUCCUGAUCCGAUUGCUUUUUUUUCUUUGCUCCCAAUUCAAUUCCAAUCAUUCCCGAUAAUUUUUCCCGAUCAUAUACAUUUUGGCAAUGCAUUAAGACAAAAAAUGAAUAAUUCAACAUACAGUACACAAGUACUGUAUUUGUUUAUUAUGACAAUAAAUCCCCAAGACAAUAUUAACAUUCUUUCUGUGAGAGGGAUCCACGGAUAGAAAGACUUGUCAUUCUUAAAGGAUAAAUGUGACUUUGUAUAUUGUGACUAAAUAUUGCCAUCUAGUGUAUUUGUUGUAGAGCUGAAACGAAUACUCGAGCAACUCGAGUAACUCGAGUUUAAAAACUGAUCCGAGUAAUUUUAUUCACCUCGAGUAUUCGUUUAUUUUGACAGCUCUAAGCAUCACGUUUUGCUCGGACUACUUUUAAUGCGGGACAACGCGCUGAUGUCACGUGCGUGGAGGAAGAAGCAAAAAAAAAAAACUUACUGCAGCAGACAGCCGCUACAAACGACUCCGACGUUGCAAAAUACUAGCCUGCACAUGCUACGUUAGUUGCAGUUAGCUCUGGUGAGUCUCAUAGAGAUCACAUGUAUGUUGAACUAGAUGCACAAUGACAGACUAGGCCGCGUCUGGGCAGCGUUAGCAAACAGCCGCCAUCUUAAAGCAGUAGAGCGCUAAGCGCUAACAAAGAGCGCUAAGCGCUAAUAUAUAAGAUUAACGUUACUGUCACUACUAGCUCAAGUAACGUUAGCCCUGCGGAGGGCUAGGUUUCUAUUAAUUAAGACCACUUUCGAUGCGUGGCUAACGUGUCUUACAUACAGGCUUUAACAUAACAUAGCGUUGUGGAGUGAUGAGGGUGUCAAAUAAAAACUCAAUAAUGCUAACUAUCAAUUUUAGCUCAGUAGUCAUUGCUGGAUAAAACACCAAUUAGCACUAGUCCCUAAUGUGCUCCAAUACAGCCUGUAUCAUACAUUUAUUUUGAACAAAAAUUCAAAAUCCUAUCAGGACUUACAGUUUAGACUAACUUAAAACUUUACUAGAACUUAAAAAUGGCUUGACACAAAUAAAAAUUCAAUUGAAAAACGUGGGGAAAAAUCGUAACUUUUAAGCGAAGUGUGUUAUCAAGCGUAAAGGCAUUUUUAGGUGUGUGUAUGUGUAUGUAUAUAUAUAUAUAUAUAUAUAUAGUGAAUUAGUCUUUUUUUUUUAAUCCUAGUUACACCUGAGAUGCAAUUGUUGGCCGUUUUCAACAAUACACAUCAAAAAUAAAGACAUUGAUUGACUGAAAAUGAUAAAAUGUCUUGUUUUCUCAUGUAUAUCUAUAAUUUCUCUUCACCUAAAAAUAUAUUUGUUUUAUCCAAUUACUCGAUUAAUCGAUAGAAUUCUCAGUCGAUUACUCGAUUACUAAAAUAUUCGAUAGCUGCAGCCCUAAUUUGUUGAGCUUUCAGUAAAUGAUACUGCAGCCAUUUAACUUCUCCCCAAAUGCAUGAUCUGAAGUGCAACCAUGACUGUGUGUAGGGGCACCAAUUGAUAUAUCUUCUCUGCGUUGGGAAAGAAUAUAGGGUGUUAAGAAAAUGAUCAACUACUACCUUUCUUCCCCACAUUGCCUCCCACCUUUUUUUAAUUGCUGAGAAAGGUAUUGUAAGGCUUUAGCCACAUAAAAAAUGGCUCCAAAGGCUGUCAAAAUUCUCUCUACUCAUUAUACGCUGCCUUUUAGCGCUAUCUAUAGGUAGAACGGCAUCUUUAUAGAUUGAACGCGGCAAUACGUGAGUGGAUCGUGCAGCGCAUGCUUUAGUUAUUUAACGUGAUUAAUUAAAAACAAAAAUUACCGCCGUUAACGCAGUAAAUUUGAUAGCCCUACUUUAAGCCAAAACGACUCUGGAUGAGUGUAAGACAUUUUGUAACGUUAAAAUACAAUUAGAAAAUGAUUUAAACAAAAAAUAAAUAUAUACUUAAAAAAAGGCAUGACUGAUUUAUCUGUUCUGCUCAAAUGCAUGAUGGGAAGUGCAACCAUGACUGGGCGUAGUGGUACCAAUUGAUAUAUCUUCUCUGCGUUGAGAAAUAACAUAGGGUGUUAAGAAAAAGAUCAAUUACUACCUUUCUUCCCACAUUGCUUCCCACAAUAUUUCUAAUUGUAGGAAGAGGGAUUGUAAGGCUUUAGCCAAUUAAAAAAAAGGCUCCAAAGGCUGCCAAAAUUCACUCUACUCAUUUACCGCUGCCUUUUAGCUCUACAUAUAGGUAAAAUGGCACCAUUACAGAUUGAACGCGACAAUGCGUGAGUGGGUUGUGCAGCGCAUGCGUUAAUUGCGUUAAAUAUUUUAACGUGAUUAAUUUUUUUAAAAAUUAAUUACCGCCGUUUACGGGAUAAAUUUUAUAACCCUACCUUAAGCCUAAACUAAAUACUCUGAGUGUAACAUUACGUCUGUAACGUUAAAUACAAUCAGAAACCGAUUUAAUUCAAAAAGAUAUAUAUAUUAAAAAAAGGCAUGUCCGAUAUUUUUUGGCCGAUUCCGAUACUUUGAAAAUGACGAGAUCGGACCCGAUGAUGCCGAUCGAUCGGGACGUCUCUAGUUAUAACGAUAGAAUUGAUCCUACUCUUAUGAAGUGAAUUAUUUUCAUGCUUACGUUUACCGCUUUGUCACUUGCUGAAUGUGCGAUUGCAUGUUCGUUUUUUUCCUCAAACGCACGUUUAACUGGCUGAUGACUUGACCCCUCCACACACACACACACACACACACACACACACACACACACACACACGGAACUCUCACAGUCCAGAAUUACAUUACAUGGGAGGGAUAUGAGAAGUAAUGCAAAACGUAACUGUUGUGAAAUGCACCUCUAAUUUUGCUACUGAAAGUCCAACCUGCAUCACAGUUCAGCAUUACCAUUACAUUAAACUGUGUGAACCUUCUAACGGAGUAGGAAGCUGCUUAAGAGAAGUGUCCUUCUGUAUGUGUUUUCUACUAAGUUAACGUUAAUUAACUCAUUUACUCCCAGCCAUUUUCACCUGUGCAACCCCCUUCGGUCCUGGCCUUUUUACUAGAUUUUGACUGAUUUUGCAAGGCCCACAGAAAAUUCUGUUCUAUUGCUAUAUGAACAUGGAACCCACCAAAAGAAAAAUUACUCUUUCAGCAGGAAAAAGUUUGUAUCUGUUUCCAUUCUUUAGAAAUCAGCAUGAGAAAAUAGCUUAGUUUGAGCAAUUUUCCAUUUUCUGAUGAAAAAACAGAAAUUGAGCUUUUUGUAAACGCAUACAUUUCAAACAUAACUUUCACUUGAACACAGCUAUUUUUUGCUUUAGUUACAUCCCAAACAUCUGAAUAAUGUUUUCCUUUUACAAAAUAACACGAACAACAAGACAAAUAGAGCUUUUGAUAGCAAAGUAACAAUUUUUUUUUUACACAUAACUAUACUAUUGAACUGAGCGAUGACGCUAUUGUGGCCGCGACAGCCGGGGUAAAAUUUUCCCUCAACCGCCUGUUUCAUAAAGAUGGAUUUUUUUAUCUUUCUUUUGUGGUGACCACUGCCUCGUGACCAUGUUCGCUUGGGGAACUUGUGUUCCUGGGGGGUACUGGUUUGGCUGUGCGCGUUUCCGAGCGGCUGAGCACGGUGGCGCGGGCUUUGCUCGGUGAGCAGCACGGACUUAACGGUGCACUGGUGGUCCCGGUUGUUCUGCUCGGUCAUCCAGAGCCUGACAUCUCGGUUGUUCUGCUCGAUCGUCCGCCGCCUGGCAUCCUGGACGUCCAUUCGGUCGUCUUCCGCCGGCACCCCGGCCGUUCGUUCCGUUUAAUCGGGUUUGGGGUCUGACCAAAUGCGCUACUGCCCUCCAGUGGCCAAUUUUAUUGCUUUAAAAUGGAUUUUCAACAUUGUGCUUUGGAGCUAGGUUGAAUCAGAACCUAGAGAUGUCUCUUGUGAAAAAAAAAAAAAAAAACGUAAAAGCCGUAUAAAUACGUCUUUGGGACACUGAAACAAAGUUACCCCCUUCUCCCCAGUUCUCAUUUUUAUUUUGAUCUCAAAGCAGCCCGAAGGAGCUUUCAUUUUUUAUUGAUUUUGGCUGUGCUUGUGGACAAAAUCAGUAGUUUUUCCUGAAAGAAGGCUUUAUUUUUAUUUUUGUUACUCCCUGACUAAGAAGUUUUUUUUUUCUGUUGUAUUUAAUUUAUUUAGACAAUUUUGAGUGUUAUUAAGACAAAUGUUUAUUAUUUUUUGCAUUCCUGGAUACAUAAGAGAUGAUUAAGAAGUUUGUAUAUCUUGUGUAAAUAUAAUUUGUGUUCAAAUAAUACAAUUUAAAUUUCCUAAUAAAAUCCAGACAUUAUGGAAGUUUUCAAAAUGUUUCUUUAGCAGUUUUUGAAAACAAAGGUUUGAAUCAAACGUAUCACCUGAACCAAUACCAACCUCCUUAAAAUUGAAGGAAAAAAAAAAUAAAUUCCCAUGUUUUCAGUGUAAAUCUAGAAAUAAGUGAAAUUAUCUGUGAGUGCUUCAAGUAAAUUUUACUCCGAUUUCUUGAGAUAUAAAAUAGCUAGCUGAAAAUAAGGAAAAAAUGUCGUACUGGUUUAUUUAAUCUUUAAAAAAAAAUGUUUGCCAGAAAUGUUCUUAACACAAUAACACAACUAGCUAAUGAUAGCACCAACAUAUUCAUGGUUAGUGUUGGCAACUUUGUGUUAAAAAUGGCUGUGAAUACAGCGAUUGCCAAGUAAACACUACAAACAUUCUUUAAAUAAAGGACUAUUUACUUACGUUUCAUCAUGGAUGGGCAGGUAGAAAAGAUCUCCUAAGACGCAUUCUGUCCGUCAUGUUAGCUGCACAACAACUGCACGCCACUUUUUGUCUGUCGUCGCCAUGUAGUAAAGCAUUAUUUUUCAUUAUAUUCAUGUUGUGGGAGCUACGCGUUCCUCCGGCGGUACUCUCCAGCUGCUUCCCCGGCGAGCUCUCUUGUCCGUAGUAGCAGGGGAACGAGCUGUAACUUGCUCUCCGCCGGGCAGGUUGCCGAUCGGCGAAGACACUCGACAACCCCGCGGCAGUGUGAUAUGAUACGGGCUAGUUUUGUGUGAUUUUUCACUUCGAAAGCGAAAAUAAGACUUUGAGACGUCACUCGGUUUGGGUUAGCAUGUCGGCUAGUUGUAAUAAUAAGAAUAAUAUACAGAUCCUGCUUACACAAAUUUAUUAAUUUCCGUGUGGCGCUUUGAGAAAAUCCACCAAUAAAGCUUUUGAAAACCGUUCAUAAGAAAAAAAAAAGAUUAAUUGAGGCAUUUUAUUUGUAAAAUACAUGUUAAAAUGUUUGUCAUUGGGAUUGCUUUUCUCUUUAGCUCUGGACUUUUUUCUUCUUUCUUUCAGAAAGAAAGCUGACCAAUAUGCGGGGUCAGAAAGGCAAAUUGUUGGAUUAUCUUUAAAUACCCGCUACUUUUUGAGCAGAAUUCUAGCUUUUUAUAUAUUAAUGUUCUAUUGUUGAAAGCACAAAGGUGUGUAAUAAACAACUAGCACAUUUAUAUUUUGUUUUCUUACUGUACCGAAAAUGAACCGAACCGUGACCUUAAAACCGAGGUACGUACCGAACCGAGAUUUUUGUGUACCGUUACACCCCUUGUUUUAUUCCAACACAUUGUCGAAGACAGCAAGGUGGCUGAUGGCUAGACAUGGUACCCGCGGGUUAUUAAAAGUAUUUAAAAAAGCAUUGAAUUUAGUUUUCUAUUAUUAAAGGUAUUAAAAGUAUUAAAUUAGCUGUUGUAAGUCUGGAAUUUUUUCACCGUGGUCUUAAUUUUCAAGAACAUCUCAGUGCAACCUAAAUUAUAUCCGUGACAAAUUUUUUUUCCCUUUUUAAAUCCAUAAGGGAGAUGACGCAUAGAAUUUUUACGAUGCACUGCACUACAAAUCGAAAUGCAACUCGUGCGUGCCAAACCACCACAACCGGCAAAACGGAGAAUCCAUCCACCUCUGCAUCGGGAAUGCUUCCGUUUGUUGGUGGAACGAAAACCUUGCAGGCAGAAGUAUUGUGGAUUCUGAACACCACAACAGACCACCAUUCAUAUACUUCAAAUGAGUCCAUUGGUGAUCUGUUUCGGAUAUUACAUCAUUUUUGGUCGGCAUCGGCUGUCACAAUGUUGGUCAGAUUGCGUUUUGUUCCAGAGGGAGCGUUCCCGAUGUCGUAACUGUCUUUUGUAACGAAUUUUCAGUUGGCAGAAAAAAAAAACGCACAUUUUUUUAAUGUUUAAAUAGUCUACAUAUUUUUAUGAUCAUUAUAAAUUUAUUUACACAACGAAAUAACGCUGGAAAAGUUUGUUAAAUAUAAAUAAACAGAUGCGGUUUUGCGGACUCGCAGAGGGGAAGAUUAAAAAGGGCGUAUAGGCACGCUCUGGCUCAGCAAUGACCAUACAGCGCCUUCUUUUUUUUUAAUCCAAAUUAUUUAUUUUAUACCAUCAUUAAUAUAUAGUUAUUUCAAAAAGUUAGCGAAGAAGAACCCCAACGUAAUAAUUGACAUUUUAAUUUUGGUCAUGUUUUCAGUUUAAUUUAGCCAUUUCCAGCUUGCUAUGUUUAUAAUUGCGAUGUUUGUUUACCGCUUUUUGUCUUACUGCGAAGAGGGAGGAAGAUACAUCGGCCGCCGCUAUGAUAUUUAAGUCAUCAGCCAUCUGCUGUGACCCGGGAAUUUAACGCCUGCCUUCACGCACACUGCUUCCCAUGUCAGUCGACACAGGAAAAUGUUUUCACACACAAAUGCUAAGUCCCGCGAUAUUCCCGUUGUUUUGGAGUAUGUGAUAGGGGCUCAAGUUACAUCCAGAUACUUUAGGUUGUACUUUACGGGUCAUGCGAAGGCAGAGGACCUGCUUAAACAUUUCGGUUUGCCUUUCAAAUGAAUGUGAAUUUCGCAGUUUUAACUCAAGAGUUAGCCAUGUUCACUGGGGUCUUGGCAGGUGGACGAGAGGCUAGCCCAGGGUCCCCCCAGGAUUGAUAAAUCUAAAUUCAAGACUUUUAAGACCUUUUUUAAUGCCAUUUCAACUGAAAAUUAAUACUUUUCUCGCACCCAUUAUUUAGAUAAUAUUGAAUCAUAUUAAAAAAAUAAAGCACUGAACAUCAAAUUUAACCUCAAUUACUGUGUUUGACAAAAGAAUGCACAUUUACUGAAGAUAAAAUUAAAAAAUUUACAGUGCCUUGCAAAAGUAUUCGGCCCCCUUGAAUCUUGCAACCUUUCGCCACAUUUC